AUGUGGUUAGAUAUCAAUGACCAGUUCAAGCAGAGUGAUGGACCGAGGACUGCAGAGAUAAAGCAGCAAAUCUUCGCUGAGACUCAGGGUUCUCAAUCGGUGAGUGAUUAUUAUACGAAGCUGAAGCAGCUUUGGGAGGAGUUGAAGAACCAUGAGAGUCCAUACACAUGCUGCUGUAACCGUAUGAGUUGUGACAGCUUGAAGAGGAUCAUUGAACCUGAGGAGCAAGAUCACAUUUUGAAGUUUCUAACCGGCCUCAAUGACACUUUCACAGCAACUAGAGGACAAAUAUUGAUGAUGGAGCCACGGCCUAAUAUCUCCAAGGUGUUUAACCUUGUUUGCCAGGAGGAAAGGCAAAGGUCAAUGAAGAGUACCAGCACUGUUGCUUUCAAUGUCUCUCAGACAACUCCUGAUGCGACUCUUGUGGCAGCUUACAACGCUGGUUAUAACAAGAAUAGGUCCCGGCCCAUCUGUUCUCACUGUGGCUUGGCAGGACACACUAUUAACAAGUGCUAUAAACUUCAUGGUUAUCCACAAGGAUAUAAACCUCGACAACAGAUUCAGGGUUCAACUCAAGCUCCUCAAAGAUCGAAUCAGUCAUGGCCACCUCGCAAGGAUAAUGUGGCUAAUAUGGUUCUACAGGAUACUGGAGGUAUAUCAAUGCACAAUCAACAGGGAGUUCACUUGGGAACAGUCACACAGGAACAAGUCCAUCAGCUUCUAAAUGUCUUGAGUACUCAACAUACUCCUCGUGUAGACAGUCUUUCUCAGAUCUCCGGCAGUACUAUUUCUCUAUCUGAUGGCACAGCUUCUACCUCUAAACCACAACCUCACCUUAUUGCACACACUCUUUCUGAUCACCCACCUUCAGAAACUAACUCAAUUAGUGAUACAAUCGUCACGUUACAUGAUGGAACUCGUAUUCCUGUUACACGACUAACUUUGAUUGAUGAGCGUAUUCCGGGUUGCAUGAUUGGGAAGGGUAACCUCCGCAACAAUCUCUAUGUACUGGAUACUCCUGCUUUGUCUUCCCCUGUUUAA